AUGCUCGACGUAUUCAAAAUCAAACCCUUCGACCUCGAGCCGGUCUACGCCUCCUGGCCCGACGCGCCGACGUUCAACGGUGGCAAGGGCCAGUCCGUCGAUGCCUGGCUCGACCAGAUCAAGGACGGCUGCACGGCGCGCAAGGUGCCCGAGGAGUACUGGUACGAGGUCGCGCAGCACUACAUGGGCCCCCAUGCCAGAGCACGCCUGGAUGCGUUCAAGCGCGUACUCUACCAGAUGAACGGCGGCGGGUACCGCUGGACGUGGAAGCAAUUCCGCGCGGCGAUGUGUAACAUGGGAUGGGAUAUCGAGGACGAUGCGACCGAGACGGUCGAGGUGAAGAGCAAGCCGUUCAGUUCGUGGUUCACCGUGAAGAGGAAGAAGUCGACCCCGCUCUCCGAAGAACCGGAGCAGAUCGACGAAGACGAGCUCGCGCCCCCGCCCCCACCCAAGAAACCCUCCCCGCGAUCGAAGUCCGCACCGGAGGUCAGCACAACCGACGCUGCUGGUACUAGCAGGCCUCGUCCGCCCAUCCGGAGCGCGACGCUCGGCUUCUUCCCCGUGCGGCGGAACUCGAAAAGCAGCGCUGUCGCCGAAAGCGGCAAUGGCAGCGGCGACCCCCAGGCGCCCGCUCUCCCCGUUGUGAAACCAGAGCUCGCAAAGGCGAUGUCGGACACGGUCGUGGAGACGAUGAAACACCUCGCGCCGUCCAAGGCGCACACGAUCGACGCCAUCUCCUCCGCGCACAGCGGGCAAGACGCCGUCGUGACCACGAUCGCGCACGCGCCGGCGUGGCUGCUGCAGGCGAGCAACGCGAUCGAGAUGCUCACGAAGGAGCACCCGAAGACGAUGAGCGCGCUAUCUGCGAUUCUCAUCACGGCGGGGAGCAUCCCUGCCCUGCCUGCUGUCGCGGCGAGCCCGAUGGGCCCCAUCCUCGCGUGCCAUGCCGCGCAGGCGAUUGGCUCGAUUGCGGUAGGGCUGGGCACGCUGUUGAAGGCGUCGUCGCAGGGGCAGAUACAGGCGUCUACUCCACCUUCUUCCUCGUCAAGUUCAUCGAGCAAGUAA